AUGUUAGUUCCCCCUGCUAAUUUUGGCAUCGCUGAGGAAGGUGUCUAUAGAUGUUCUAAAGUCGAUACAUUGAAUCUUUCAUUUUUGGAGACUUUGAAUUUGAAGACUGUUAUUUUUAUUGGAGGUCAAGACCCAUCAAAAUUUUUCAAGGAAUUUUUCAAAUCUUCUAAUAUCAAAUGGCAUAUAAUUAGAAAUAGUGACUUCUCUGGCAAUGUGGAAACAAUUACACCAAAAUCCAAAAGUUCAAGCUCUAAUAAUGCUUCUGGGAGAACUGAUCUUGAAGGUAAAAAAGAUUCUGUAGAAACUUCUAGAAAGAGGGAAACGUACUAUCUGAAAGACAGCGAUGAACUGAUGUUGGUUAAAAGCAAUUGUUUAAAAAAAGCAUUCAAUAUGAUUUUAAAUACAAACAAUUAUAACGUUUUGCUUGUAGAUAGAACAGCAAUUGUUGUGGGGAUACUUCGAAAAUUACAGAAAUGGAAUAUUGCAUCUGUUAUCAAUGAAUAUAGAUUAUUUGCUGGAAAAAAUGUCAAUUACUUUGCUGAAACUUUCCUUGAACUCAUUGAAUUAUCAAUUGAACAAGAAAUCGACGAUGAUAUGAUAACACAAAGAAUAAGAGAACUUCAGUUAGCCAAGAACCCAUCUAUUUUACCAGAAGCCCUUGUCAGGUGUAAAAGUGAAUCAAUGGAAAUGGUAAAUGAAGAUGACUUAUUAGAAGCACCAAAGGUACCAGAAAGAAUUUUAAAGUUAAUCGGAGAGGCAGAAGCCCAAAAUAAUACUAUAAUAUCACAAGAUGAAAUUGAUACCAAAAAUCAGGAUAGAAACCAUGGUAUAUUUGGAAACCAAUAUCGUCUAGUUUUUAACAAGAAAGAACGAGGUGAGUACGAAUUUUACGAAAACAUUAAACCAAAUAUACACAAGGAUAGUUUAGUAGUCAUCAAGAUCCCUAUCGAACCAAAAUUACCAGAAUGGUUCAAAUUCCAAAGAGAUCUAUGGGAAGAAAAAAACGUUAAGCAAGACAAUAUUUUCUAUGCCGAAAUAUAUUCAGCUAAUACCUGUUUUGAUAGUUAUAUCCAACAUUUUACACUCAUAAUAUUUCAUCUAAAAUGA